AUGUCGAAAGAGACCGACCAACCCAAUAUCGUUGAGUUCGAAAACACUGGCACAAAAGGCGACAAUGAAACGAGCGCCGUCACCUCGGCAUACGCCACCUGGACACGAGCCGAAUGCGUCCGGAAGUUCUGGAGGUUGUACGUCACCGGUCUAGGUGUGUCAAUGGCGGGCAUGUAUGCCGGCUACGCGAACUCUGUAAUUGGGAGCAUCAUUGCCAAUGAAGGCUUCAUCCGAUACUUUGCUACAGUGACAGACCCCGACACCGGUAAACCAGCGCUCGACUCUCAGCACAUUUCACUCUGGGCAGCUUGCUAUUUUGUGUCCGCUAUUCUCAUCCAGACCAUUGCUCCGGUUACGGCCGAUAGGUUUGGUCGAAAAUUCAACAUGUGGGGUAUCACCUUUUUUCUUACUCUGUCCAUUAUUCUCCAAGUCAUCGCCCCGAACUGGUGGGUUCUGUUGAUCGCCAGGUUGGUCGCAGGCUGUGCGGGAGGUAUGAUGGGAACGUCUUGCAUGGUUUACAUGUCUGAGAUUGCAAUGCCCCAGUUUCGUGGAGCCUUACUGGGCAGUUUCUCUCUCGCCUUCGCACUCGGCCAGGUGUUCUUGGCCAUCGGUCUCAAGGUUCUCGAAGUGACGAAACCUCUGGCUUUCCGUCACGUAUUCUACUCCGAAUUCGUCUUUACCGCGCUAUGGAUGUUCCCAAUGCUCUACCUUCCCGAGUCUCCAGCCUGGUAUGCGGCAAAAGGCAGGGAUGACGAUGGGAAGAAAGCCCUCCGAAAACUAGUCGGAAAUGUUAAUGGUUACGAUGUCGACCACGAAUAUGCCGUCAUCAAGUACGAAAUGAUGGAAUCAAUCGCUCUAUCGAAGAAGGCAUCUUCCGGCACCUGGAAGGCCAUUUUCACAAACAAGAUCAACUUGAAGCGUGCAGUCAUCUCCACGCUUCCAUUCACCUUCCAAAACAUUGUUGGAGUGCCUCUGAUGUUCGGAUACACCACCUAUUUCUUUCAGCUCGCCGGUGUUGAUGACCCUUUCCUGGGAAACAUUAUCAAGCAAAUGGUCCUCGUUGUUGGUAUCUUAAUUUCGUUCUACAUGGUUGACAAAGUCGGACGAAGGACUCUUGUCAUCUACGGAGGCGCGAUAAUGGGAGUUAUUACCUUACUCGUUGGAGGACUCGGCUUUAUGACGCAGACCUCCUCCUCGGGAAUGGCUUUGGUAGCUCUCUGCUCUAUCUGGGCUUUUGUGUAUGCUAACUCACUAGCACCUAUCGGCUGGAUCAGUCUUGUUGAAAUAUCUAGUUCCAACCUUCGUGCCAAGACUACUUCGAUUGCUGUUACGAUUCAGUAUCUCACUGGAAUCCUUUUUAAUUACUGCGUCCCAUUAAUGCUGUCAAAUCAAUAUGCUGGUUGGGGUCAGAAGAUCGGCUUGUUCUUUGCUGGCAUUACGUUUUUGUACCUCAUCCCAUGCAUUUUGCUUUUCCCUGAAACUAAGGGACGCACAUAUCAUGAGCUAGAUGAACUUUUUGAACGUCGCAUUCCUGCAUGGAGAUUUGCUACAACGAGAACUGCCCACCAGGAAAAUAUUGAGACAGUGGCAAAUGAAAAGUAA